CGACACGGCGUCGCAAAUUAUAAUAGCAAGGGAAAUAUUCUCAUUAUACUUGCAGCAAAACCAGUGUAUGAGAGUGAAAAGACGGAGGCAAAACUUUGAAGAGAUUUGCAGGAGUUCUGAAGAAAUGAAGUCAUGAGGGUUGAUCUCUGAAACCCUAUUACCCUUCUGAGUGUGUUUCCCUGUCAUGUCUGACAACGGAGAGCUGGAGGACAAACCCCCUGCCCCACCAGUCAGAAUGAGCAGCAACUUCGGCAUCAAGGACAGUAUGUCAACAAACCCCAGUUCUAAACCCCUGCCCUCCGUCCCAGAGGAGAAGAGGGACAAACCACGCAACAAGAUCAUAUCGAUUUUCUCAGCAGAGAAAGGAAGAAAAAAAGACAAGGAUAAGGAGCGUCCAGAGAUUUCAAAUCCUUCUGACUUUGAGCACACCAUACACGUGGGCUUCGAUUCGGUCACGGGGGAGUUCACUGGAAUGCCAGAGCAGUGGGCUCGGCUGCUGCAGACCUCCAACAUCACGAAAUCUGAGCAGAAGAAAAACCCUCAGGCUGUACUGGAUGUGCUCAAAUUCUACGACUCUACUGGCAACAGCAGGCAGAAAUACCUCAGUUUUACAGAUAAAGACGCACCACCAGCAAAAAAAGGCUCAGAGCAAUCACCAGUCAAGGAUCCCGAUGAUGAUGACGAUGAUGAAGCCCCGCCCCCUGUUGUAGCACCACGUCCACAGCAUACCAUAUCUGUAUACACUCGUUCUGUCAUCGAUCCUAUUCCGGCACCUGCUGCCGUUGCAGACACAGAUGGUUGCAAAGCUGCAGAUAAACAGAAGAAGGGCAAGGGCAAGAUGACAGAUGAGGAGAUUAUGGAGAAACUUAGAACUAUCGUCAGUAUUGGAGACCCCAAGAAAAAAUACACAAGAUACGAAAAAAUUGGACAAGGUGCUUCUGGUACGGUGUAUACAGCCAUUGACAUUGCUACUGGCCAAGAGGUAGCUAUCAAGCAGAUUAACCUACAGAAGCAGCCCAAGAAGGAGCUGAUCAUCAAUGAGAUCCUGGUGAUGAAGGAGCUGAAGAACCCAAACAUCGUCAACUACGUAGACAGCUUCUUGGUAGGAGAUGAGCUCUUUGUGGUAAUGGAGUAUCUUGCUGGAGGCUCUCUGACUGAUGUGGUUACAGAAACAUGUAUGGAUGAGGCACAAAUUGCUGGUGUCUGCAGAGAGUGUUUACAAGCUCUAGAGUUCCUGCAUGCAAACCAGGUCAUUCAUCGAGACAUCAAAAGUGACAAUGUUCUAUUAGGGAUGGAUGGAUCUGUCAAACUAACUGAUUUUGGGUUCUGUGCUCAAAUCACGCCUGAGCAAAGUAAGAGAAGCACCAUGGUAGGAACACCCUACUGGAUGGCCCCUGAAGUGGUCACACGUAAAGCCUAUGGGCCCAAAGUGGACAUAUGGUCCCUGGGUAUCAUGGCCAUUGAGAUGGUAGAGGGCGAACCUCCUUAUCUCAACGAGAAUCCUCUGAGGGCGCUGUACCUCAUCGCUACUAAUGGCACCCCAGAGCUCCAGAACCCAGAGAAACUGUCACCCAUUUUUAGAGACUUCCUAAACCGCUGCCUCGAGAUGGAUGUGGAGAAGAGAGGUGGAGGAAAAGAACUCUUGCAGCAUCCCUUCCUGAAGCUGGCGAAGCCUCUUUCCAGCCUCACUCCGCUUAUACUUGCUGCCAAGGAGGCAAUGAAGAGUAACCGCUAGCCAUUUGUCACUAUGUGCCAGUUGCCAAAUUCCUUCUCAUGACCGAUUCCUGUGAGAACCUCCAUAACUCCAGCAGAGUCUCCCUUCUAGGACCUUUGCUAUUCAGCCCUGAGGACCCUAGUCAUCUCCACCUGGGCGACUAACUUGCACAAUCACAAUGUCUUGCCUCCUCACACCAAACUCUCCUUUAAUGUGCCUUAAAAAGGCUACAAAGCCAGAGGAGCCACUGACUGUAGAUCUCUCUUGUUUUCUACUGAUGUCUCUCAUUGUAUUUGUUUAAUGUACGCUGUUCAGACAUCGUUGCAUCGGUCAGUGUGUACCUGAAAAUUUCAUGCAUUUCUGUCAAAAUUCUCUUGUAUUUUGAGUAUUGUUGAACUCUGGCCUAACAAAGAACUUUCCCCCAUUUUUUUACAUUCCAGAGAAGUAUUAUAAUACUUGAAAUGUCCCAUCCUCUCUUAAUGACCUGUCACUUGUGCCUACUACCUAUUUGCCUUCACCUGUCUUUACAAAAUGGAACAAUUUUGCUGUAUGAAAUUAAAUGAACCAUUCCUGUUUUUAAAUUUUUAUUGCAAAACCUUAAGUUUAUUUAAUCGUUGUGUAUAUUAUGUAUUCUGAUUAGCAUGCCGAAAUGAAAAAAAAAAAAAAAAACGGAAAUCAGGAAAUUUUUACAUGUUUUGUAUUUAUGUGUAUGUAUACAAUAUUUUAUAUUUUAACUAACAUUCUGACAGAAUACCAGACCUUAAUGGAUCUCCAAAGGUAGUCAUAGAAACUAAUAAUUUGGUAUAUUCUUUGCAUGUUAAGUCUAACUUGUUUUUAACAUUACAAUUCAAUGAGAAACAUUUUCAGACAUUCCAGAUAAGUAAAUACACUUUGUCUGUUUUCUGCUCGUUUCUUACGAGAUACAAAGUUUUUGUAAAUGAUGAAACCAUCUUAAAAAUAUGUUUUGUAAAAUAUUAUUACAACAGACUUGGAGCAAACAUGGUUGAACCAAUAA